CACACACACACAAACACACACACACACACACACACACACACACACAGCCAAACACACUUUAUGAGUCGAGUGAGUAAAGUGAAAGAAGGCUGUUUAGGAGCAUCGUAAGACCUGAAAGGUAACAUUAUCAUUCAGUAUAUUGUCAUUUAAAUGUUUUUUAAAUUUAAAAAUCUGCCAAUUAUUUUCUUUAAAUUAUUUUUGAAACCUGUUUACUAAUUGAGUACUUGUUAAUAUAAUGUGUAAUUAUUAAACCCCAGUGUGUUCAUGGGCGUUAUAUUCAUACAGUAUGUUAUGUUGGAAUUUCAUCCCACACUGUGCCAGUAUAAAGUCGUACAACCAGAACAUUAAACAUGUCAGAAAUGCAUCUGACCAGUCAGAAAUCAGCAGAGCAGGAUGUGAUUGGUAAUAAACCUGCCAGGUGUCAGGUGGAUCGGGAGAAAGUGUCUCGAGAUAUGCAAAGGACAGACUUAACUAAAAGAAACAUUACAAUUGGAUAGAAGGGUAAAACACAAUUCGGGCAGCUGGGAUAGGACCAAAACGCAGAUGGUUAUAGUUAGACUUAUGGUAUACAAGUAAUACAUAUUACAUUUCAAAUUGAGUAACCUCAUGAUGAUCUCUUUACGCAGAUAUGGCCUCCGCUCAAGCAUCACCCUGCGACACUGGCUCAAUGGAGAAGCACGUCACAUGCACCAUCUGUAUGGAUGUAUUUGUGGAUCCUGUCACUACAGCUUGUGGCCACUCCUUUUGUAAGAAAUGUCUGCUCAGCAACAAUUACAUGACGUGUCCCUGGUGUCAGAAGCCUCUACACGCAACCCCAGAUGUGAACAUUGCCCUGAAAAACAUCGCUGAAGAGAUUAAAAAAAAGAUCCCAGAGAAAAAAGAUGUGUACACUGGGGCGCCCGGAGAAGUGGCCUGUGACGUUUGCACAGGGCGAAAGCUGAAAGCCAAGAAGUCGUGCCUUGUGUGCGUCGCCUCGUAUUGUUCAACCCACCUGCAGAAUCAUUCUACGGCUCAAAGGUUAAAGGGCCACAAGUUGGUGCAACCUGUGGAGAACUUGGAUGAGAGGGCCUGUCUGCAGCAUGGACGCCCUUUAGAGCUGUACAGCAGGACGAAGGAGAGAUGCAUCUGUGUCCUCUGUAUGGAAGACGACCAGGAGGAGGUGGUUCCUACUGAAGAAGAAUGGCGCAGGAAGAAGGCUGAGCUUGAAAACCCCAAGACUGAGUUUCAAAAGAAAAUUGAAAACAGAAAAACACUGAUGGAUGAGACAAAUGCAUCUCUUCAGAGCUGUGAGGACCAGCUGCACAAUGAAUAUGGGGAUAUUGAUGCUGUGUUCACAGCUGUGAUUGCAAUGGUGAAGGAAGCCCGUGACAGAGCCCUUCAGCCUCUAAAGGACAGGAGGCAGGCUGUGGAAAAGGAGGCAAAAGACAUCGAGAAGAAGAUGAAAGCAGAGGUUGACCGGCUUGAGAAAACCAUCUCUAAGCUGGACGAUAUAUCUGCACUUGAGGAUCACAUCCUUUUCCUACAGAAGUACCCAUCUCUUCAAGACCUGGACAACAUCAAAGAUUGCCCAGAGGUAGAGCAGGACACGUCACUGUCAUUUGGCACCAUGAGAAAAAUCACAACCGCUAUGUUGGAAUCAAUUCAACAGGAACUGGAGCGGCUGACCCCCAUUGAGAUUCAAAGAAUUCCAAAGUUCACAGUGGAUGUGAGGCUGGAUCCAGCCACUGCGCACCAACACCUCAUUCUUUCUGAUGAUGGUAAGGAAGUCAUAGACGGAGAAGAAGACCAGAGAGUUCCUGAUUCUCCAGAGAGGUUUGACGUGUUUGGCAGCGUCCUGGGUCUUAACAGGCUGACUUAUGGGAAGUCCUACUGGGAGGUGGAGGUCAGAAACAAGACUGGAUGGGAUCUGGGUGUAGCAAGAGGGGACGCAAACCGAAAGGGUAAACUAAUGCUGACCCCAGACAAUGGGUACUGGGUUACUGUGCAUUUUGAAGAUGAGAAAUAUGCAGCCCUAACAUCUCCACCAGUUCGUCUGUCCCUGACAGGGAAGCCUCAGAAAGUGGGAGUGUUUGUGGAUUAUGAGGAGGGUCUUGUGUCCUUUUAUGAUGUGGCUUCCAAAUCUCACAUCUACUCUUUUACUGACUGUUCAUUCAACGGCAGGAUCUUCCCAUAUUUCAGUCCCCAUUUGAAACGAGAUGAGAAAAACACGGAUCCCUUGAUUAUUUCUUCUGUGAAUAAUUGAAAGCAGGACAGGAAUCUGUCAUGAAGAAUAUUUGUUAUGGGUAUCAAAUUCGGGCUGUUAAAAAGUUAUGCUUUGUAGAAUUUGAUUUGGAAAUGUGUGUCGAUUUCUGCACUUUAAUGCUUGUUGGGUUUGAAAAGUAAAAACAAUUCCAAUUUUGUAAAAUUUUAACAUUCAAAAUGAUCUGCAAGAAUAAAUGUGAAAUCCUUGGGGAAUGCCUUGGAUCUGCAGUGCUCCUAACCUUUUGAUGUCUUAAAUAAGUUGUUCAUUUCCGAUGUUAAACUUAAUCUGUAUUAUGCAAUGACAUGGUUCAGUAGCAGGGCAGAGGGACAGAGAGUGGUUUGCAGCUUUUUUCCCUAGAAAUGAAACCGAAACGAAAAAAAUGUACCAAAUGACAUUUUACACAAAUAUGAUGAAAUACUUAAAAGUUUGCACCAAAAAAACGCCUUUAUAAGUAAUAAGAAAAUGCAUUUCAAUGACUCUUAACAGUAAAUAAAGAGAAUAUUUUUUUU